AGUAUUGUAAAUACCAAUUAACUGCUAAUUGCCCCGACAACCCGCUCGCAGCAGUACAUGGAAAGGAAGUACGCAGGGAACACUGUGUCAGUGUGUGUGUAGGAAGUUGCGGUGGGGGAAAAAAAGCCCAACCCAAUUACUACAAGGACCUGUUUUGUGCGUGGGAUCGCAAAACCUGAAGCUGAACAACUGGCCUUCACCCUAUGCCUGCAUGCAUGCAUACAGAACCCCACGCACAUGGCCAACUUGCGGUGGUGCUGCAUCACACACCCAGUUUGCUCCAUAGACCAUAGCUCCGUGUCCAGGCUGGUUUUGUGUGUGGGGCAGGCAGAGUAUAGUAAAGGGGCGUGUGCAUAACAGAGCAGGGAAAGGAGCAAUAAGCAGCAAUUGGGGACCGUGCUGUGUGCUGUUCAAAGUACUGUGCACUGCAUUGGAUACUCAAGGAUUGGAAGUGCUUUCUCUACGUAGUUAAACACCGUGUUUGUGUAAUACCUUGAGCAAGUGAAGACAAGAACAUUCAAGAUCUUGUGUCUUGGUUGGUACCACUUUACAUUUUAGUCAUCAAAGAACUUACCACAAACUGAACAAUGGAUAACAUGACGGACGCGCCCAAGAUCUGCGAAGGCCUGAUCCUCCCGUUGACGGACGAGUCAGGCUGGAGCCUGUGGUUUCGAAUUGUCAUCUACUUAGUCGGCCUGCUCUGGAGUUUCCUUGCCGUGGCCAUCAUUGCCGACGUCUUCAUGGUGUCCAUCGAGGUCAUCACGAGUCGGACUCGGGUCCUGAAGAUAGCCAAUCCCGACUUCCCCGGCGGGAUCGAGGAGGUGGAGAUCCGAAUCUGGAACGACACGGUGGCCAACUUGACCCUAAUGGCGCUGGGCUCCAGCGCCCCCGAGAUUCUACUCUCCGUCAUCGAGGUGACCGGGAAGGGUUUCAAGUCUGGCAAGCUGGGCCCCAGCACCAUCGUGGGCUCGGCGGCCUUCAAUCUCCUGGUCAUCACGGCCGUUUGCAUCAUGUCUAUUCCGAAGGGGGAAUCCAGGGGCAUCCGCAUGAUCAAAGUCUUCGCCACCACAACCGCCUUCUCGCUCUUCGCCUACAUCUGGUUGUUUCUGGUCCUGCAGGUCAUCAGCCCCAACAAGAUUGAGAUUUGGGAGGCGGUGGUCACGUUCAUGUGUUUCCCCAUCUUGGUGGUCGUCUCCUACAUCUUUGACCGGGACUUCUGUGGCACCAAGAAGCACGAACCUGACAUGGAACUAGGAAUAGAGCCUUCAAGAAAUAUACUCUCGACUCCCGAGCAUGCCGAGAGUCCAUGCUCAGAUCAGUGUCAAGCCGAGGGCUCCCCGUUCCUCACCUCUGGCCAUGUGGACAAGAAAGCCGUGGCCGAGUUCAUGCGCGAGGUGGGCAAGCACCCGGACCUGGACGAGUCCACCAUCGCCCAGCUCAUCGCCUUGGAGGCCCAGAAGCACGAGGUCCACUCGCGCAGCUGGUACCGCGUCAACGCCUCCCGCGCCCUGCUGGGUCAGAAGAAGAUCGAGCAGGAAGUCGAGCCUCAUGUCUUGGAUCUGUACCAGAAGAUCAAGAACAAAGAGAUGCCGACCAACAUCCCCACGGCAGACCAUUCGGCUGGAGGCACCAAGGCCGUGGUGGAGUUUCGGGCCUCGUCAUGCGCCGUCUACGAGAACGAGAAGAAAGUGCACAUUGUGGUGGAACGCCAAGGGCUCAUGAGUGUUCAAGCAGUUGUAAGGUACGAGACGGUCAAUGGCACAGCCGAGGCCGGCUCGGACUACAUCGCUCAGCGCAGCACCCUGGUCUUUGAGCCCGGCGAGACGGAGAAGAUCAUCGAGAUUGAGAUCAUCGACGACAACGAGUGGGAGCCGGACGAGACGUUCUUCGUCAAGCUGGCCAUGGAUCCCAACGAAGAGACCUGCCUGGGUCACCGUUCCGUCAUGCAGGUCGUCAUCAUGAACGACGACGAGCCCGGAAUGUUGGAGUUCACCAAGACCAGCUUCCUGGUCAAGGAGAGCGCCGGCAGCGUCUUCGUUCCCGUCAGCCGCAACCAGGGCGUGGACGGCCGCAUUGAGGUCCAGUGGCGCACCAAGGACAUGGAAGCACUCAACGGCUCGGACUACAUCGGCGGGGAGGGCACGCUGGUCUUCGAGCACAACGAGAAGGAGAAGGAAAUUGAGAUUCCGAUCAUCGACGACCAGGAGUAUGAGAAGGAUGAGAGUUUCCAGAUCGAGCUGUUUGAGCCGACGGGCGGGGCCCAGCUGGGCCGGCUCAAGAAGACGGUGGUGACCAUCAUCAACGACGAUGAUUACGCUGGUAUCCUGGACCGAGUGGUUGCCAUCACCCAUGUCAACAUGGACCGACUGAAGAUGGGCAACGCUUCCUACGCUGACCAAUUCAAAGAUGCCAUGAAUGUGAAUGGUGGCGACUUGGAGGGAGCCGGGGCACUAGACUACUUCAUGCACUUCAUGACUUUUGCAUUCAAGGUCAUCUUCGCCCUGGUCCCGCCCCCAGGAUUCCUCAACAGCGGCGGCUGGAUAACGUUCUUCUGUGCGCUGGGCAUGAUUGGGCUUCUGACCGCCAUCGUCGGGGACCUCGCCUCCAUCUUUGGCUGCCUUAUCAAUCUGGAUGACAGCAUAACGGCCAUCACCUUUGUAGCCCUGGGCACCAGUCUGCCCGAUCUCUUCGCGAGCAAGUCGGCGGCGUUGAACGAAAAGUACGCUGAUAACUCCAUCGGCAACGUGACAGGCAGCAACUCGGUUAACGUCUUUCUGGGUCUCGGCUUGCCAUGGUUGAUGGCGUCUCUCUACUGGGCCGUUAGGGACGAUGAGUUCAUCGUGCCGGCCGGUGACCUAGCCUUCAGCGUCAGUGUCUACACCAUCUGUGCCGUGGUCUGCAUCUGCGUGCUCAUGCUGCGAAGAGUUCUGGCCGUUUUCGGCAAGAGUGAGCUGGGCGGGCCCUUCGGACCCAAGAUCGGCUGCGGCGUGUUCCUGAUCUUUCUCUGGAUCUUGUAUGUCCUGUUGUCAUCCCUGAAAGUCACCCGUCUCAUUUUUUAAAUUUUGAAUAGAAAGUUUUCAACUUAAGUUUUCAACUUAAAAGUUCAACCUAAAUACCUUCUGUAGCUUUUGGGGGCCUGGAAUUCCAGGGGGGGGGGGGGGGGGCAGGUUUGGGGUAGCAUUGUCCAAUUUCACCGAAUUGCUAAGUACACGAAGUUGCUAGACACAGAUAAUACAAGCUUGGCAAAAACAGCGGCCAUUUUCAUGGAGCAAAAAAACAACAAAAACACUCACUUAGUAUCUGGUUACCAGUCAAAAUAUCAUGUGCUUCAUAAUGACUUAGACUGGUUCCCCGCUGAUGUUUGCUUGCCUCUGUCUUCUGCUUAGCAGUCUCAUGAUAUUUCGGCCUCGGUUACCAGCUGAAAAGUGAAACGAUGUCAGUUGCUUUUGACUGGUGUCCGGUUCGUUUUUGCUCAGCACAUAAACUUGCGAAGUGGCUCUAUAGAAUUGGGCUGUGGGUUGUGUUCUAGUAAUGAAGAUGUGUUUACCUUUGCGAUCUAGGCCAUGCGAAUGGCCAAACCCCCCUCCCCCAAGUGGAAGGAUAAGUCCUCCAAAAACUGUUGUCAAAAUGGCGGCACCCUAUAUGCCAAUCCUAAAAGUGUUUGGAUGGCAGCUCUUAAAAAUCAACAACAAAAAAAUGAUCAAUACUGGGAAGUUUAAAUUUUGCCAGUAAUAUAUGAAAUGUAAUACUCAGGAUGUAGAAACCGAAAAUUUCGGCUCGGACAGAAUCAUUACAUUGGGUUGGCCAUUUUAGGUAAACAUAGAAAAUUACUUGGAAGAUCGCUCGCCUUGGUUGCUGACGUCCGCCAACUUUGGUGGCAAACAGUCAGUCCCACCAGGCCCGGAUUAUCCAACAGACAAAGUAGGCACUGUGCCUAGGGCCUACGAAAAAUUUGGGCACCUACAAAAAAAAUGGGGGCAUACCAAAAUACCACAGUGUGCCAAAAGGCCUGUAGAGCUACCAGUGUGGCCUGGCUUGCUCAGUGCAGCUUAGCAUCAACAUAAAAUUAACCCCUGUGCCUAGGGCAGAGUAGGGCCUACAGAACACUGGCGCCUAGGGCCUACGGAACAUGUAAUCCGGCCCUGAGUCGCACUUGCGCUAACUUUGCUAAAUAUAGUAUUAAUAACUUUUACUCUCUUGUAAAUGUAUUUAUAACUGCUCCUAUAACCUUAUACGCCAUGAAAGCACUAAUUUCUUAUCAGUCAAUAGUCAACUUGGGAAGAUUUUCCCGGCGAUGGAGUUUUUGUCGUAGAAUCAGUGUCAGUUGAUAGUUUAAUCAUUUGUAUCCUAACUUUUUUAAUGAACUGCAACGUUAAUCUCGUCCACAUGUUACGCAUGGUGUACACAUUACAUGCAAGAGUUGGUGUAGCGGGUAUAAUAUCUGUAGGUAGUUAUUAAAAUUAAAAAUUCGCUCAUUGAUAACUUCAACUUCGUUGUUUUUGUUUCUCCAAACACCUUUCCUGUAAAGGUGCCUCUCAGAAGUCAGAACAGUCUGAACAUUUUUAGUGGAACAGUGGUUUUUUGUACUGGAACAUUCUGCUGUUCCACUGAGAAUGACGAGAGUCCAUUUUUCUCAGAGCAUUGUGGGUUGACAAAUUUGCCAUGGUCGACCAAAAUCGGAACCCUUAAAAUUGUUAGUUUGUCAGAUCAGUGAUUUCAUAAGCGUAUCAUUCGAGUAUCUCUUUUUGUUCUUGUCAUUAAGAUGGCUUUUUUUAAAAAGGCAGCAGAAUGCUGUGCCCCAAUCUAUCAACAAUUUCCUCAUCAAGUUGUCUACUGACGUUCAUUCAAAUCGCGGCAGUCAGCCAUAUUUUUGUGGACCGUAAAGUUGAAAAAUGGACUCUCCGUGGCAAACUCUCGGUGAUGCACUGUAUCGGGAAAUGUCCAUUUUACCCGGAGUUCGAUACCACAUGUACAUACAAAAGUUAAAACCGAUGCUUUUUUAUUUAUUUAUUUAUUUUUGCUGGUCCCAGAGCGCCAGCCUGCAGUCCUCUGUGUACCAAUCUCACUGGCGGACCAUAGAGCUUUAUUAAAUUACUCGAGCGCUAACUCCUCAUUCUUGCGCGCGGAGACGCUUUGAAGCCGUCCUGGGCGCAGACAGUUUGAAUUCAUGCGCGUGCUUGUAGAACAUAAUGAAAUUAGAUGGAUUGAAUUUUGAAAGUGUACUCUAAAUGCAACGCGCACAUAGAACGUACGCACACUUCCUACACGUGUUACGGUAAAAAAAAAACACGGUUAAUCAAGGCUGCAGCAGAUACGCACACAUGUUGCACUGUUUGCAUAGAGCAAAAUGACAUGCUCAUUUCCUGAUCGUGGGUUUCUGUGUUGGGCGUAUCGGCUUCGAUGACUUACCGGUAUGGAAUACAAACGCAGAUAUGCAAAAAGAUGUACAAAAUAAGACGUACAAAAUACGUACCAAAAUUUCUCCAUGAGGUUUGUGUACAAACUUGGAUGCGCCCAGCAGGCAUCACUUUGUACAUGAGUUAACGCUCUUGUAAUGUAAUAUAGCUCUAUGUAGCUCUUUCAUACAUUUCAAACUGCACAAACUAAACGUCUUUCAUUGCAAAACUUAUAGAAUGCUUGUUAUGUUGUCUUUCUAAGCUUUUUAGAGUGAGUCAACUUUGGGUUUAUGUCCUGAAAUGAAGAUUGAAAACUGAUACAUGCAUUUGUAUUUGUAUUUUUAUUUUUUCUACUUUUUGAAACUUUGCCUUGGAACUUUUUUAUUUGUAUAAAGCACAUAUAACUUCACCAACUGGAAAGUAUUUAAGAUUUAGAGAUGAGCUUUUGCAUUUUUAGUGUCAAGGUAUUUAGGUACGGUAUUAAGUGGUAUUUAACAUUCAGGAUUUCAGUCUGCAAUUUUUUUAAUUUAAAAAAAAAACUUUUUACAGGUGGAUGACAAAAUACAUGUAUUUUUCCCCCAGAAACUUGAAACAUGCCCAAAUUCUAUUAUCUACAAGCAGAAUAGAAUCCUCGAUCCUGAUUGGUCAAUUCAUGGUAACAACAGUGUGAUAUUAUACCUAAUAAGCACGGUCGAUAUCGCACUCUGCGUAUCCGUGCUAUUCCAAGAUGCGCGCACCAGUCCUUCUGCACACAUAAUGGGAUAAUCGCUGAAAUGUCUGUAUACCGCAUGCAUGUUUCAUCUUUUCUGGGCAUCAAGUUUGCUUGAAAAUAAAUGUGUUAUUCCACUCGCGCUCUUGGAACAUGGAAGAUGUAUUGCAUCCUGUGUCCCACAUACCACUCGGCCUUCGGCCUCGUGGUAUGUGGGACACAGACGCACUACAUUAUUCCGUGUUCCUCUCGCGCUCGCAGGAUAACUUAUAUUAUACUGUUAGAAUAGAGUUAAGAAUAGAACUUGGCAAAUUUGGGGCUUGGGUACGUAGCUCCGUUGGUAGAGCGACGGUAAAGCGUUCCAGAGUUUCCGGAGUUAAACUUUGUUCAAGUUUAAAAGUUGUGUAUUUCAGUGUGAUAUACGGUACAUGUUAAUUUGAACUUUUUUAAGUGCUUUAUUCACCCCUGUGACCCAAGAUGACCCAGGGGUCAAGUUGGUGAUACAGGGGUGGUCAACCUAAGUCAUUACAUAUCAUGUAAUUACCUUUUUUUGUUAAGUAGAUGUCUUUGGGGAUAUUUGCAAUAUUAGAGUAGUUGGAAUGGUUUUAAUACCGGUAGGAACAUGCUAUAUAUCUGUACAAGAGGGCAUUGUAAGUCUAUGUGCCAGCAAGGUGGUACGCGUGGUAGUAUAUCUAAUAACAAAAAUAUUAAGAUGUACAUAAAUCAUGUAGCUAGCAUAGAACUCAUUAGGCAAUCGAUGAGAUUUAGAUUAAUAGAGUAACUUUAUUAAAUUUCUCUCUGUAAAUAGGCAUGUGGGUAUUUGUCUUGUGAAUUAUUUUAUUUUUAACUGUGUGCCCAGCGCUAAUAUUUGUGAGGUUAAUGGGUGUUUUAAAGAUAUUUGAAAACUUUCCUAUAAAAACUGAUGGAUCGUUUACUGCUUUGCUGUAAAGCAUGUAGGACAGAAAAAAAAUCGCUUAUACUUGCAAGCGAAUGUUAAACUUCUGUUAGUGUUGAAUGAUUUCUGCAUGUGGAAGGUGGGUUGGUUAAACAUCAUUAUAUAACUAACAUACAGAUCCUUGUCAUUUGAUUGGUGGAACUCACAUCACGUGACUCCCAUUCACACCGGGACUCAGAACGUCCCAUUCGCCCAUGACAAAUGGAUUUACUAAUCAACACAGUUAGCAUGGUUAGGAUCAUCCUUGUUCCAUGGUGCGGUAUUUGUAUGCAAAUGCAUUCUGGUAUGCGUGUUGAGCUUUACGCGUAGCACGUAUUGUUUGUGAAGGGGUGGUUAGGACGAGAGAAAUACAUUUGAAAUAGGAGUUCAAGGAUCUGUAUGUCAGUUGUAUAAAACAGAUAUCAAGUGGCUUUAAAAUUGUGGAAUGGGAGGAAUGUUAUCGCUCAGUAAAAUCUGGACUUUUCAAUUUCACUCGGCUUUGCCUCAUGAAUUAAAAAAAAGUCCAGAUUUUACCUUGCGAUAAUAUUCCUCACAUUCCACUCUGAGCUUCUCAAUAUUAGCAUAAUGAAUAUUCAUUGUUUUUACAUGUACUUGCCUUUGUUGUGUACCCUUUUUUUAGUACACAUGUAUACAGCGACUUUAAGGGAGUUGUACUGCAGUCAAUCACAAGCCAGUUCACAUAUAACAGCUCACCAGAAAAACGGAUUUCCUUAAAUUUCUCAAUGUAAGAAAAUAAUUUGUAUUAAGAAAUAUUUUCUUGUCCCACUUCCUACAAUGUUUUUUUCCUGGGAGAGAGAUGAGAAUUUUAAUCGAAAUAACAUUUUAAAAAACAACAACUUUAUUUGGGAAAAAAAAGCAGUACAGCUGUAAGGGGAUGGUGACCAAAGAAUGUCUUCGUCACAAUUCAUUAACAUCUUGUCACUUUAGACACGAUAACAUUUGAAUGACUUAUGAUUGACUUAAGUACCUAAUGUUAAACCAGAAUCAAGAACAAUUGUCACCUUCCACGAGACAAAUCAGAUGUAAUAAAAGAAGCAUUUUUUCUCUUUCUGAAAAUUGUGACUGAACAAAAAUUGAAAACUGGACUUCUGAAUUAUGUCAGUGUUUUCAUACUUGUUCAAUGCGGUGCAAUUUCAGCUGUAAAUAUUGAGCUAUUGUCCUUGGUCGAUGCAGAUUUUGUGGGUUUUUUUUCAAAAUAAUGACUGCUGCAAAAAGCUCUUAAAAAAUAUUUAUCACCAUACAUAAAUAUGGCGUAGUUACGGGAAGAAUUGUAAAACUAAUGUGUAUUUAUAUAAUACGUCUGCAAGUAUUUUGUACUCAAAGCAUUGUUCAGUAUUACCUCUGUUGUUUUAGGCCAUUAAUUUUGCUAUUAAUUGUAAGGGCAUAAUUUUGUGAUGAAUAUUCAUCUGGAAUUCUAUCAUACCAUUAAGAAGCUGCAUGCUUGUCUCUGAUCCUGUUUGUGUAUAUGUUUGUUGAAAAGGUUUUGAUAUAUAAACAUUUGCAUCAUGUUGGGGUAAUUGGAUUUUUGUCUGACUGACAGAGGGCGCUUUGAUUUUUGGUUGCAAACAAAAAGUGAAUAAAUUAUUCACCCAUCAUGUUAAAAGGAUAGAUCUACGAACAGAAUGUAUGUUACUUUAAAUUGAAUACGGCGAUGAAAAAUGUUCUUUUGAGUUUUAAUACAUAUCUGCUUAUUAUCCAUUACUCUAAUCUACAAAUUAAUGGAUGGACAUGUGUAUGUAUUGCUUGCAUUUUUUGUGAAAUGUGCGAUGGUAAUUUUGCUUUUUUUCCCCUGGACAAAACUCUAGUAAUUUUGUUUGCAUAAGGAGGAUUAUUUACUGCUCAGUGUCUGUAAAGUGUCCGUCAUUUAUGUAAAUAAUAAAUUAUGCAUUGAGAAACCAUA